AUGAGGAGGGUGAGGUGGCCAGGUAGGCCGCGUUUCCCCUGGUUACUGUUGCUAUGCGACGUUGGCGGCGGCCGCCAUCAGAGGCCUCGAAAGCGACCGGGUAGAAGGGAAUCAGCAGAAAAUAUCCGCACUGGGGCGCGUCCCAAGAAGGGAGAGGGUAAGGCCGGCUCAGCAACAGCGGCCGGGCCGUGCGGGGGGUUUAACUCGAUGGACAGCGCGGAUGAGCUGGUGACCCAGGGCCUGAGGCAGCAGUUCCAGGCCCUGCAGGAGCAGCAGCAGCAGAGGAGGAGGCAGAGGAUGGCGCUUGUACGCUGUGAGAAGAAGGAGCAGGGCCAUGGCCCUGGCACCGGCACCGGCCCCGGCCCCGCGGGCACCUCCACACUGUCGGAGGAAGACCUGGGGCUGCAGCUGGUGAAGGCCGAGAUCUGCAGCACUACCGACAUCAGCAAAAGCUUGCUGGAGAACGAGAACGAGCUGCUACAGGAGCAGAUCCAUGAGCUAAGGGAUGAGAAUGGACGGCUUUACAAACUCGUUAAUGAAAAAAAUUUUGAAAUCAAACACCUGAAAAAGAAAAGUGAGGAAGAUCGACUUGCUCUGGCAGGAACAGCUGGUAUAGCAGGGGACGUGGCUGCAACCAAAAUUGUCGAGUUAUCCAAACGGAAUCGUGAGCUAACCGUGGAAAAUGAGAGCCUGAAAUCCAAAAUCAAGCAGCUGGGCAACAAGUUACAAGAGCUGGAAAAGCUUGAUGCCACUCAAACAGCCAGCACCAAAGAAUCAUCUGGACGCACCAACAAAGAAUUAUCUCCCAGGAUACAAAACAGCUCACUGCAGUCUGACAUCCUUGAUGCAAAAGCCCUACAUGAAAAACUUGCAGCAACCAAUCUAAAACUGAUUGAGUCUCGAAACCAAAUACUGAGUGUCAAACAAGAGUUGAAAAUGGCCCACAAGGUAUUAGCUAAUGAAGUGGGAGAAGAUGUGAAUAUACAACAUUUACUAAAUAACAAGGGGACAUGGCGCGGGAGAGCUCAGCAGAUCCAAAUCUUGCAGAAGAAGAUCCAAGAGUUGGAAAGCCAAAUGGGGCUAAAUAACCAGAAGGGACGGUCAUCUGAACACAGUGUAGAAGAGGAAAUGCUAGGUAUCUCAGGAUUGCGGCGUUUGUCAAAUCAAGACAAAAAUGUAGCAUACAUUCGUACACUAGAGAAAGAAAGAAAGGAAGCAUUGGAAAAAAUGACUGGUGACCAUGAGAGGUUGAAAAAAGAUCACGAGGAACUCAAAAAUAAAUUUGAUGGAUCAAAAGCCCGGAACAAAGUUCUUUCCAGUGAGCUCAAGAUUUUGAAGAGUCAAGUGGUGACCCUUCUUGAAAAAGGGAAACACGAUGAUGAACUGGUUGGUGCAUUGCUGAAACAGCAGAAACAAAUGCAGGAGAUUAUGGGCCGUUUAAGUCAGCAUGAGUCAAAGAAUAAGGACACCAGCCAAAUUCUGAGCCAGCAGCAGAACUGUGAAACCCAGAAGGAGGGCUCUGUGAUUGGAGAAUUAAAACAGAUGGUAACUGAGCGGGAAGCUAAAGUGAAAGAUCUUGAGAAAGAGAUCAAACAACUGUUACUAAAGCAACAUCAAGAGAAGAAGCUUUCGGAUGACCAGAUGGUGGUGAAUCUCCCCAAGUGUCGUCCUUCCUCAGCUCAGUUAGAUAAGACCAAUGGGCAUUCAACCGAGAAUUUUAUUUCAGCUGACGCUGAAAUCACAGGGAGACCACUUUCUGCUCGAGCAGUGUCCAAAAUGGGGCACUCCCUGAUUGAAUGUGCAACAGUGCGACCCCUCUCAGGGAAUGCAAUUGGAAGAUGCGUCAGCGUGAAUGAAACUGAUGCGAAAACUCUUCAGUUACAGUGCACAGAAUACAAAGCCUUUUACCAAGCCGCAGAAGUAGAAAGGGACAAACUAACGGAGCUAGUUACCAUUCUACAGAAGAGGUUAGAAGAUAGUAAUGACAAGAUUUUGGAAACUGAACAGAAGCUCCUCGAGCAGCGGCGGUGGUCUGUGACUUUGGAACAACAACUUGGAAAAGCCAAACUGGAUGCAGGAAAGACCCAUGACAAACCUUCAAGUAAAAGUAAAGCAAUUUCAUCCAGCAGCACCAGCCGUCAGUGUCAGAGCCUGUGUGGCAGUGGGGACCUAAUUCCUGGAAUGCCAUCGACCACAGCUUUGGAUAUUCAAAUGGAAGAACUGAAUACCCGACUUGCCAUACAGGUGGAUGAGAAUGAAGCCUUAAAGACCGCUUUGCAAAGCACUUUAAAAGCUAAAGAAGAAGAUCUGAAAUUGUACCAUGACACAGUGGCCCAAGUGAAGCAGGUCUUCUUGCAGGUUCUUCGACAGCACAAAGAGAAAACAUAAAUUGAGCACUUCUCCUACAGAGACAUUUGUUGAUUUAUUGUUGAGAAGGCAUUUGGAGAACAGACACAGUGAAAAGAGGAGAGGAACAAACCCAACUCAGUGCCACAUUAGCCCACACAAUUGCAAACUAGUCAUCGGACUCAUUGCGUGAUUAUCGGACAAUCAUUUGGUUCCUCUCUUGCCUUUUUUAACUGAAAGGUCUGAGGAGCUAAAGUCAUGUAAGAUGUCAAAUGAGGCAAGUUAGUCAGCCCAUCUGUGAUCACUCUCAUCACGCUACCCGACUGUGCCUUAAAUUACUCUUGGGGUUUUUAAUCCCAUUUGAAGUCCAUUUCAAAUAUGUAUCAAUUACAGUAAUGCCGGAAAAGGGACAAUAAAUAUAGGAAGCAGUCAGGACCAGAAACAGCUGUACCUUUUCUCACACUUACAUGUCAAUGAAAGGGAUUAAAAUUGGUUUGUAAGAGUUGUUUCUUUCCAAUAGACACAGCAACUGUUAAGGUUAACUCCAAAUUAAGCUCAUUUUGUUCUGUGCAAUCAGAUAUCAAAGAUUGCAAAUCCACCUUAUAGGAAGCAGACUUCCAAUAACAGAGUUGAUGUGCCAAGUGCCUUAUAAAAUAUGUGAUUGAGAAAAUGAGAUACCUAUCUCACUGGUACCUUAAUGCCAGUUUUCAUAUUCAGCAGAUUCUGGAGAUGCAAGUUUUAGAAAAAUGUUAAUCAAAUCCAAUGCUGCAGUCACUCCAAUAGGAACCCAUUUUUUAGAGCAAGGGCACAUCCAAAGGUGAGCAGAUAAAAAUAAAAAAUUUGUCUAACUGAAUUGCCAACAAUUCAGCAUUCUCUAUCCUAAAGCUGGAAAUUUAGCCUGCCUCAAUUAUGUAUAUUCUUCCUUCCAUCAAAAUUGAGAUAUGUUGUUAGGGAUGUUGCAAAUUGCAGUGAGAGUUUACAGUGUCUACCCAAAGAAUACAUGAGAUGUCAAUAUCUGCCUGGCAGGAAGGUAUCACUUGCCCAUCACUGUUCUCCUUCACCUCAGUGAACAUGUAUACAUUGCAAACAAAUGCAGCAGGUCACUAGAUCUAAAUGUGUCAAUGUAUUAGCCUCUUCCAACAAUAAAUGUUCCUUCAUUUUGUUAA